CGGAAGCGCAGCGCACUUCCGGUGCUCAGCGGGCGGCCAUGUUGGAGCAGCGGAGGCGGCGCAGAGGCGCGUCCUGGGUCCCCGCGGCGGCGCCGGUGCCAAGCGCUGGUUUGUGGAUACCCAGGCAGAUCUGCAGUGCCUAAUGCCAUGAGCGUGGUGGUGCAGCAUGUGGAGGAGAAAGCUGUGCACUCCUGGUCGAGGAUCUCCACGGCAGGGAAAAAGGCCCUGGAGGAGGCGCUGCUUGUCUUUAACCCCAUGAGCCAGGAUCUCAGUGCCACAGAGGCCCAGCUUGUGGCCUUCCUGCAGGGUCUGCGGGAUGAUGGCUUCCAACCUACCAUCCUGCGCAGUGGUGAUGUUUAUGGCUAUAGUUCAUGUACAGCCAACCCCCCAAGCCAGACAAAGCUACAAGCUCGUGCCCCCAUCCCAGCUGCCACAUCUCUUCCAACCAGUGCUCCCCGAACUGCCACGCGGUUGCCUGCAGGCCGGGCCACGCUGCUCCCCAUGCCACUGCCUGGCAGGCUGGCCAAAUCAUCCACACCAGCCCUUGCCAAGCAUGCUACCACCAACCUGCUACUGAGCUCUCUGAAGCAGUCAAGUGCCAGCCGUGCCCGGGGUGCAGCAGUGGGUUUCCCCACCCACCUCUAUCCAGGUGUCUACCCUGCCAUGCGGCUCUCCGUCGUCCUUGAGGCCCUGGUUCCACUCAAAACUCCCAUGCCCUGCUUGAGUGCCAAGCACAAGGCACAGUCACUGCGGCUCUCACUUGUAGACUCUCCCCUGAAGCUGCGGAAAGAUUCAGGGAAGGGGCUGGGGAAUCCCCGGCCCAAAGCUCCCAGAAAAGGCACAAACAAGGGCCCCAAGUGUCUGACAGGCAAAGGCUCCAGGGCCAGACCCCAACAAGGCACUGGGCCCCAGAGCAAGACCUACAAAGCCACUGGGUCCCUCAGUAGCCUGCGAAUGAAAGGUAACUCUACCCUGGGCACUAAAACAGCCCAGGCCAAGGCAGCUCGAACACUGGCCAAAGCUGCUCGUGCCCAGGCCAAGGUGGCUCAAACACAGGCCAAGACUGCCAAGCCCCGGGCAAAAGCCAAGGCAACACAGAUCAAGGCCAAAGCCAAGGCGGCACAAAUCAGGGCCAAGGCUAAGGUGGCACGGAUCAAGGCCAAAGCCAAGGCAGUGCGGGCGAGGGCCAAGGCAGUGCGGGGAAAGGCCAAAGCCAAGACAGUGCGGGCCAAGGCGGCUCGGACCCAGCCCAGGGGCAGGGGCAGGCCAAAAGGGUCUGUACAGGCCAGGACUGCAAGGAGGGUCCAGAAAGGCCGCCCUGAGAAUGGGGGGCAGAAGAGGAAAAGGGCUGAGGAGGCGAAGGAUCUUCCUCCCUGGAAGAGAACACGGCUUGGGCCCCGAUCCCCUAAGGCAUGGCUAGGGCCUGGAACAGCAAAGCUGCUGAAAUUCCGGGUCAUCAAGGUGGACAGGCGGUUCUCGGACGAUGAGGUGCGGCAGCGGGCUCAACGGAUCCUCCACGUGAACCUAUCCCCUGUAAUACGGCUCCAGCCAUUGUUGCCAUGCUCAGCACCCUGAUUCCUUCACAUAGCAAUGAUUGGGGAACCUGAGCCCAACUGUCUGUGUGGCCAGUGGCACAGUGUGCAAUGCCCAUGGACUCCACAACCCCGAGGACUCCAGGUGCCUCUCCAGGGCCCUGAGAGCCACCGGCCUCCUUUCAGAGACUGGAGGAUGUGGGGUGGGGGUGGGGGGGGGCGGGAGGGGAUGUUCUCAUGGCGCGAUGCACUGUGACUUAUUACUCUUCAAGUUGUAUGUCCACUGUUCCAUCUAUCACGUUUUAUACCUUUCCACCUUUCAGUCUCCCGGCCCACCCUCUAUGGUCUUUUUUUCUAUUUGUGACUGCGAUAGGCCAGCUUGAGCAUAUAGGAAAAGUGGCCCCAGGAACAGGGCUGCCAGAGAGGGUCCUGGUAGUCUGGGGCAGGUCAUUGAUGUGAGCGAUGGGAUGAUGUGGGAAGGGGCAGCUCCCAAGCCUCUUGAGAUUCUGGCCUCUGUGGAUGUGGAGAGGCAGCCCCUGAGGGCAGGAGCAGAGCCACUCUGAGGUGGGACGCCUCCCUUGCAGCUGCCCUGAUUUGUUACCCAGAUAGGCCCCAUGCAGAAGAGAAAAGGUGGCUCUAUAGGGAACCUUGCAGCCAGCAUUUAGGUGAGAGAAGGGGAGUUUUCUGGAACUGCUCCCUAGGGGCAGAGCAGACAGCCUGGCUGUGUCUCCUAGCCUGCUCUAGCUGAAACCUUGGGGCUUUGCCUGGGCUUGCAUGAAGCAGGGCCAGGCCUAAACUGGCUGAAGUACUCUGCCUCUCCUCCUUUUAAGAGAGUGACUAACGUCUACUUCCCCAAUUGAUGGCAAGGGCUUAGGAGUUGAGUUGGGGGCCAGGGCUCUUGGUUGUAGGGCCACAGAAUCUGCCCUCAGUGACCAGAGAAUUUUCUCUUUGCGUGGAUGGGGUACUCUGUACCUGAGCCAGGAGAGUUUUAAUGACUUCCUCGCUCCAUCAGCAGUGUUUUCUGCCUGGGUUCCAAGUGCUCUGGCUAUUCCCAGUCUAGCUUUAUCAUACCUCCCAACAGGGCCUGUAUGUUUCAGACAUUAUCUGCUCUUCUGCUUUGGAAAGGGGGCUGGGCCCUGAACCCUGAACAAAACUAGUUCUCUUCCAUCUACCAGUUCUUCACCCACUGCCCAGCCGGAGUGGCAGUGGCUGGGGCUGGCAGGGAGGGGGACACAUUCCCCAGAGGCUCCUGGAGACGAACAGCCUUUCAGGGCUAGGGGUAGGAACCUCAUUGGAAUGAGUAUCAGAUCAUUUCUGUCUCUGUGGGUUAGUCUGAACUCUGACCCUGCUGGCAUCAGCUGCAUUGAAUGGUGGACCUGUAGAAGCUCUGUGUGCUUCUUGGUGCCUCCCUCCCUCCCCACCUUUCUUCUGCAUCUGGUGGCUGCUAUUAAUAUCUUUCCCUUGGGGGCUGCCUCCCUUGGUUCCCCAGGCUCUGGGGACCCCCUCACUCCCAGCUGUACUGUAGUCCCACAACCGUGCAUGCUCAUUGCGUCUGGCGGUAGUGCUUCCAUCUACCAUGUGAGUAUGGAGAAUGACCUGAGGGCUUCACUCAACUCAAGGGCGGCCCAACCUGUGGCUCACUCUGCAUUCUCUCUCUCAGGCCUGAUUCCAUCUCCCACCGCCCAGGACCCCCAGCCAGGCUAGGCCUCUCCUUUCUGUUCUGCUGCUGCUGCCACCGAUGGGUGAGGGGUUUGCUCUUUCUCUGAGAGCCAGCCAGAGGGAGAGAAGAAAUCUCCAGGCCUCCCUGUAGGGUGGCGUGAGGUGGGGGUACCCCUAGGAUCUCUACACAGACUGUCCCUCCCAGAGCAAUUGCCCAGGAAGUUCCCCCACCAGGCUGCUCAAGUGGCAGCUGCUACCCACUCACCAGCAACCUUAUUGCUGGCCAUGGCCAGAGCCUUUGAACCUCAUCCACCUGUGGCCUCCAUGGCCCUGAGCCCUACUGCAUUGUCAGUCACCUACAGGUGGGGAGGAGGGUGGGUGCUCCGGAGAUGGUAUCUUUGGGUUUUUCUGGGCAGGUUUGAUCCUGUGGGGUUUGCUGGCGACUAGAGAGAGAGGCCUGUCCUCUGACUUCUUGGAAUGGGGGGCUGCCCAUUUAUCCCCUGCCUACUCAGUUUCCUUGGGACCUCCCCCAAGACCCUGAAAAUUGCUGCUUCUGUGGUUCUCGGGACCGGGAAGGCUAUGGCGUUGAGAAUGUGAUCUGGGGCAGGCGCAGUCACGACAGCAACAAGACCUGGUGGCAGAGAGUGGUGAGGGUGCUGGUGUGCCCAUGUGUGCAGGUCUGGGGUCAGGGCCUGGUCACUCUGACCAGCCAUUAUGGUUAUAGGUAUUGAGAAUCACCAUCCAGCUGGACCUAGAAGUUUCCUUCUACUUUACCCACCUCAUUGUGACUUUCAAGGUGACCCAGUACCCCAGCCUGAAGGAUUGCUCUGUGCCUCCCAACCUGAUUCCUACCAGUGAUGCUUGCCCCUAGUGACCCAAGAACCCCCUCCUGUCCCCAGACAUUCCGCCCAGCAGCUCUGCUCCUCAAACACUCAGUAGACCAUGGCCACUCCUGGCAUGUGUACUGAUAUUUUGCCCACAACUGCCCAGGCCUCUUUCCUGGGAUCCCUCCUGCCAGUGGCCACAGAGUCAGUGACCUCAUCGGUGACCAGUGUUACUCGGAGGUCAAGCCUUCCACUGAGGGUGAGGUCAGGCCCAGAGGAAGGGAGGUUGGGCCUUAGAGUGAAGACAGAAGUUCAGGCUUGCUUCUUCCUCUCAGGUAGUUUUCAAAGUUCUGGACCCAGCCAUUCUGGUGGAGGACCCAAACAACACCAAGAUUCAGGGUAAUCAUCCCCACUGCCAGUCCUGUAUUCCUUGCAUGUCAGGACAGCCAGAUACUCACUUGGGGGGAGUGAGGGUGUUGGAGAGGUGAGGUCCUGCCUGAACAUGUGCACUGGUGGGGCAGGGUAGCAGGCAAACCAGUUCAGUCCCCCAGCAUGUUUCCCCAGCUCUUGUCCUGCCAUGAUCCUCUAUUGUGGUCCCUGUUAAGGCCUCCCAUUCGUGUCCCAUUGCUGGUCCCUAUACUUGUGCCCAGUGUAUAAGGGCUGGUAUGGGUAGCAGUUUCCAUGUCUGUCCCCUAUUUUUGCCACAUCGCUGAAGUCCUUUGUGGGGCCCCACUAUAGUCCCCAUCACUGCUAUCCAUGCCAGCCUUCAUAACUGUCCUCUGUCUGCUCCUAUCACUGUACCUUAUAACUCUCCUUUUUAUGAGCCUCCAUCACCAUUCCCCAUCACUGUCCCUAUCAUGGUCGCCCUGUCAUUGCUCUCCUGGUUGAUUCAUCACCCUGGCCUUAGUUGAUGUCCUACCUCCCUACAGCUGCCUCUAGGUGGCGCCACGGCUUCUCUGGGUGUGACCUCUUGUAAAGCAGAAGGCUUGUUAAAAGGCUAGAGAACGCUUAACCAUAACCCCACAGGGCAGCCCAGAGCCAGGCCAGGCAAGUACCAAAACAGGAGGACAAACCUCAAACUAGCUUUUUCUCUACGCUCUACACCCACCUUGCCUGCAGUUAUUACCAACUACUCACCCCGAGCCCUCACUCUAGGUCCCCAAGCAGCUGUUGCUCGUUCCUCUGAUCAGGAGAAAGGGGAGACCUGGCAAAGGAGAGGUAUAGGAGGUAACCUUGGCUUGGUAACUGCCUUAAGCUGUAGAGCAGAAGGAGGAGCUGUGGACCCAUCUCUCCAUUCAUGUGUACAUUUAACAAGUUCCCAUUGAGCCCCACUGUGGGCCAGGCAUCUUCUGAGCAAUGCUCAGGGGGAAGAAGAUAGACAAGGUAUCUGUCUUCUUGGAACUGACAUGAGCUGACAUAAAAGUGAGAAAGACAGUCAAUAAAUAAGCAAACUAAUAGCUUAUGUGGUUUG